AUGGAAUUUAUUUGUUAUGCAUUUUUAGAAAUAGAUGAAUGCUCUCUAUCUCUUGACGACUGCCACCCAAAUUCAAACUGCAUCAAUAUUGAUGGAUCUUUCCUGUGCAUUUGUGAUGAAGAAUUUGCAGGAAACGAAACUCUUUGCCAAGGUAAACAGAGUACGCUAUUAUGGCGCCUAAAGAAGAUAAAAUUAUUCUUCUGUUGUUAGGAAAUUAUAUUUCAGCGUUGUGGUGCUCAGUAUCUUGUAACAUACAAAAGCGUUUCGUUAGAACACAAUAUUGAGUUUUUUGUUCGGGAAUGAGCAGUGAAAACUACAAUUAUAUAAAGACUACAACUAUAAAGACAACUACAUCAUAUAUUAUGUAACUGUAUAUAGACCCUUUGCAUGCGUGCACGAAACGAAAGUGUAACGAUGCAGUCUUCAGACGAAUACGGAGAUAAGAGCCAACCCACAAGUUCAUGUCAUGGUACUUUCAGUUUCAUUAGAGAAGUCCAGAGUUAAAUUCCGCUACCACUGCCUCUCAUUGGCUUAGUAAGUGACUGGUUUAUGGUUGCGGUAGUGGAAAUCAAAUCUGAACCACUCUAUUAAUUAACUUUUAUAAAACAAUAAUUUUCAUUAUCAUUCACUUAUUCAAUUUCACACUGCGUUGACAGGCUAAUUUUCCUAAAAAAUAACUGCAUGGCGAGAAUAAUACGUCAGCUGAAAGCUGCAUGCAGAGGUAAUAUAAACACGCACGGAUCUGCUAAAUCGUACGAAUUUCUAACAGGGACUCGUUCGCUUUUCCCGCCAUAUUUAAGUUAAACGAUGUUGUCUAUAUACACUGCAAAACAUUUUGGCAAAAACUUGAUUAAAAUAAUGCACCCAUAGUGACUCGAAUUUUUUAGUAAAAUUACUCAAAUUUAUACUGUAAGUAAAUUUGCUCAAUAUUCAGAAGUUUCAAAUUAACUUAAUGUUUGAGUAAGGUUUACUUUACUGAACAAAAUGAGUAAAUUUAUACUUAUAAAUUUGAGAAAUUUUACUCUUUUGAGUCACUUUGGGUGCAUUUAUUUUCUUCAAAUUUUCGAGUGAAAAUGUUUUGCAUGCAAGGCAUUGUUCGGGACAUUUCCGUCAUUACUUGGUCUAAUUUUUCCAGAUAAGUCGAUAGCCGUCCGGUUGUUAGGACCAUCAAGUUUCAAUGGUACUGGUCGUGUGGAAGUAUUCUACAAUGGACAAUGGGGAACAAUCUGUCAUGAUUAUUGGGAUAUAAAUGACGCUAGAGUCGUAUGUCGUCAACUUGGUUAUCCGCAUGGAGCUUUGCGAGCUCUUCAAGGGUACCAAGUUCCUGACGGAACUGGACAGAUAUGGCUGGACAAUGUAAGAUGUACUGGAAAUGAACAAAGUCUAAUCAAUUGCUCUCAUAACGGAUGGGGAAAUCAUAAUUGUAGGCAUUAUAAGGACGCAGGAGUACAAUGUUCUUUAACAGGUAGAAUUAUUAUUUUGUUUUUAACCACUCUUUUAAGAUAAUAUUAAAUAAUAAAACAAAACGUGUUUCAGGGUUAUAUUGGGAAAAUACCGCCCCACCGUGGUUUGCAAUUAUACAAAGCACGAUCACCAUGCAAGCAUGUUCCUGGCCAGUACGUUUGCGAAAUGCACUCGCCCUCCUGAGCGUUUAAGCCUAGCCGGCCAUUUUGUAGCCAGUGUUAGUGCUUUGCGAUUGCUAAUCAUAGCAUGGCGGCAAUAGGCUGGCAUCAGCGCCGACAAGUAGUUAUUGUGUAACUAUAAGUUUUAAUUUGCACUCGUACCAAAUGUCAGUAUCGCGAUCUCUUUGCCCGCGUCAUUUUAAAAUUAAUUGAUCAGAACAAUCACGUCAUUUAAACUAUUAAAAUCAGUGCAGGUAUAUAAGACAGAAGGUUGUCAAUCGCGAAAAUGAUUGCUUGGUCCCAUGGCCGCAUUUCAUGCGAAGUUCAUAGUCUACAUGAUAUCUCUCCGCGCAUCAUAAUCCUUGCAAAGAAUGCUAGACAAUUUGUUUCACUAGAAUGAUAUGCCUGUAUGCCAGCCUCCUUCCAAAUCCUCUCGGUUUUGUCUGAAGCUGUGCCAAUAUACGGUAGAUAUACAGAUGAUUGAUAGAGAAUUCCAACCUUUGUGAUCCACGACAUUUCAUACAUCAUGCAGGCCAUGAAAACACCACCAGCCUGCUCAACAGAAGAUUGAAUAUAAAUUAUCCACAGGAUUUCGAAAAAAGCUUGCGCACAGUAGAAACACUUAUUUUCCCCACAUUUCCUCUCCAGUAUUAUGUACAACGUUAUAAUUAUACACGCAAGGCUAGGAAACUGCUGAAGCCAAUUGUACUGUUAAGAGUUUUACCAAUUUUCCGCGAAGUAUUUUAAUCAGGAUUUAAAAAUACUACUCAUGCAAAAAGGCGCAGUGUCUUCAUUCAGAACUGAAUAUAUCAGAACUGUUUUGAAGUAAAUAUAAAUUUGCGAAUAGGUGUGAAAGGAUUAAUUUACUCAUACUUUUUUCUGUGUAUGAUUAUCCUGUACAGAUGUUGAUGAAUGUGCCCGAGGAUGGGACAAUUGUGGUAGUAAUUCUCAAUGUAUUAACACUGUUGGGAGUUAUUCGUGCAGAUGUAACCUUGGUUACUCCGGAAAUGGCUUCUAUUGCUAUGGUAUGUCCUUAUUAUGUUUCCUAUUAAUUUCGUCUACAUAUCAUGCACAACGAAGAAACAGAAGUCUCCUGAAUACUAUUGUUCCUUUUUAUGCAAAAACCCAAGGAAGCCGCCCUAAAACAUCAUUGAGUAAAAAUAAAUUAAUUUUAUUACAAAAUAGCACUACAUAAUGUAUAUGUAAGAAUGUUAACGACAAUAAUUUGUGGUGUAGAUAUAGAUGAAUGUUCCCUAUCUGUCCACGACUGUCACCAACAUGCAACCUGCAUCAACAUUGAUGGAUCCUUCCUGUGUACUUGUGUUAGAGAAUUUGGAACUGAUUGCGAAGGUAAAUAUAAUUAAUAGAAAACAGAAUUGCGGGACCUAAACAAGGAAAAAUCUAUUGUGUUAAAACUGUAUCACUGGAAUUAUUAAAGUUAUUCUAGAUUUUGGGACUCGCUUUCAAUGCAUAUAUAUAUAUAUAACAUAAUUUAAAAGAUAUUUGUAUAGGUGGAUAAUAAAUAUAUACUCUAUAUUCCAAGGCUGCCAAUUCUAAUUCGAAAUAAAUGUUACAAUCUACAUUUCUUGUAACUGCCACCACCCGCUCAGAGAUGUUUUAAUAUUUUUUUUACAGAUAAAGUGACAGCCGUCCGGUUACGAGGACCAUCAAUUUUCAAUGGUACUGGUCGUGUUGAAGUAUACUACAAUGGACGAUGGGGAACAAUCUGUGAUGAUUAUUGGGAUAUAAAUGAUGCUAGUGUUGUUUGCCGUCAACUUGGUUAUCAAAAUGCUCUUGCAGCACUUCAAGGUGCCUAUGUUCCUGAUGGCAGUGGCCAGAUAUGGUUGGAUGAUGUCGAAUGUACUGGACACGAACGAAGUCUUGAAAGAUGUUCUCAUUCUGGCUGGGGAAGUCAUAAUUGCGGACAUUAUGAAGAUGCAGGAGUAAUUUGUUCUUCGGCAGGUAAAAUUAUAAUAUUGUUUUCAUCCAAUGAAACUGUGCCGGAACGUCAUAUGAGCACUUGGUUCCUAGCACAUAAUUUUUUAAACGUAAUUAUAUUCAUAUGUAAUAGCAUGGCAUUCAGAGAGAUUAGUGAUUAAAUGUACCCGAAAGCCGAGAGAGGUUUUGUACUUACUUACUAGUCGACAUAUUGGUGAUUAAGGCGUGUAGCAAAGCACAGAACACGUCGCAAAUAUAAUAUACAAAAUUAUUCUGGUUGUAAAUAAUAAUGGUAAUUAUACAAACUAUGUAUUACGUCAUCUAUAACGCCUCUGAAUGCCAUACGCCAAAAUUAUCUACGUUUUUGGCUUUUUAUCCAUCUGCCGGAGCGCCAGUUUCGCCAGAGCGCCAGUUUUGCCAGAGCGCCAGUUUUGCCAGAGCGCCAGUUUCACCAGAGCGCCAGUUUGCCAGAGUGCCAUUUUCACCAGAGCGCCAGUUUUCUAAAGAGCCAGGCGCCAGUUUCGCCAUAGCGCCAGUCAGUUUUGCCAGAGCGCCAGUUUUGCCAGAGUGCCACUUUUUCCAGAGCGCAAGUUUUCCCAGAGCGCCAUGCAGUUUUUCCAGAGUGCCAGCCGCCAGUUUGCCAGUGGAAACUAUUAAAGGAAUUCGCUGCUUUCCUUUCAAACUAUAUCAUAUACUGAACUUAACUAAGCGUACUGCUUUGUUUCAGAGAAUUAAGACAGAAAUUACUUUGACGCAAUUGAAAAUGCUGAAACAUAUUGCGAUUUACGUUAUUUAGCACCCAACUAUCGGCAUGCAUGCAUUUGUUCAAACCUCUCUCAUGUGCAAGUGCGCUCAUUAAAUGGGCAUUUUAUUAUCUCACUUUGCAUCGGUUUUAAUUUGUAUUAAAUAUUUACAGGUCCACGCAUCAGGUUACAAGGCCCGUUGAGUUCCAAAGGCACUGGUCGUGUGGAGAUAUUUGUCAACGGACGAUGGGGAACAAUUUGUGAUGAUCUUUGGGACAUAAAUGAUGCUAGGGUUGUGUGUCGUCAACUUGGUUAUCAAUAUACUGUUAGAGCACUUCAGGGGGGUGACGUUCCUGUAGGUACUGGACAGAUAUGGUUAACUAAUGUCAGAUGUAAUGGAAGUGAACAAAAUCUACUCAGUUGUUCUCAUGACGGAUUAGGAAAUCAUUAUUGCGGGCACGGUGAAGACGCAGGUGUAGAAUGUUCUUCAGGUAAACAUAUAAUGUUGUGUUUCACCACUUGAACAAAGUCGACUUUUCCCCCUAUACGGUUGUAGCGAUGCCCACUAAACAUCGCACUAGAAGGCUGUUGCUUACUUCCGACCGAAAUUUCUGCCACAUGAACGCUCGUUUUUGUUUUGAUAAUGAAAUACCAGAUCAUGAAAAUUUUAUUCGUCAAUAAUUUAUAUCUACAGAGAAAUAACCAGGCAACUUUUAAUUACAUGUACAUAUAAUUGCAUGACGUUCUGUGCAACAAUGGCGAAGAAAAUGCUUUGGUAAAGCAUUGUCACCUGAAAACGGUUCGCAGAUUGCAGAAACAUUUUAUUGAUAUUUUAAAAUGACAUUUUAAACCAUUUAUACAGUAACUGCUGUCGCAUCUUUCCAUAGUCACACUUCUUUUUUCAAAGAUUGACUAAUUAUUUUAUACAAAUUUAUCGUGCAUUACUAGUAUCAUGGCACUCUAUACCGACAGCUUUUAUUGAGUUCUUUAAGCUAUAAAAUACAAGCAUGACUACACUAAAGUUUAAUCUCCAGUUACGGGCCAAACCGCGAAUCUCUCCUCUCCUUCGAAAAAGCAUGCAAUGUUUUCUCGUCAAAACAUAAUAAACAUUCAUGAAUGAAACCACGUUCCGAAUCUCGCGAAAUCGACAUUAGAGAGGUACCUGUUUGAUUUACACUGCCACUAACCAAUCAGAUGCGUUUCAUACAUCCCGUUAACCAAUCAGUGAGAUUGAAAAUAAACCUAAACCAGUGAGAGGUAGCGGUAGUGGAAGUUAAAUCUGAACCAGGGCGCUUUAUUACGCCCUGAUCAUGAUCUGGCCUGAUCUGAACCUUUCCUUUAUGAGAAUGGCGAUUUCUAAUUGGUCCACGAGAAUUUAUAUUCACAUAGCUAAAAAUAGUUUUACAUUUUCACGACAAUGGGCGUAGGGAUGAAGACGUAUUCCUGAAUGUUUUGACACGAAAACAUGACACGGUUUUCGGGGCAAGAGGGAGAAUCCACGGUUUAUAAAUUGAAUUUUGUCAUUCCAUUUGUGCAAGUUAUCCCAGUAAAGUGCACUCAAGUAUUUGGCCAAUUUUAUUCCGUCGAUUAUAUUUCUUGUUGUUUUUUACAUAAAGUUGGAAAAAGACUGGAAAAGGUGAAACAAAACUUAUCUGUAUACAUGUGUGUUUAUUUUCCUUCAGGAGCCGAAAUAUACGAUGAUUGCGUUGAAGCACACAGGAUAGCUUGGUAAGUUUUGUAACACUGAGCAUACUUGCGGGAAAGUGAGUCCGGGAUUGGACGCACCGAGGGUGGCUGGAAGUUUCCCGAACUCACCUCGCUUCGCUCGGUGAGUUCGGGAAACUUCCAGCCACCCGAGUUGCGUCCAAUCCCGGACUCACCGAACUCUGCAAGUAUAUAUGUUUGGUUUUUAUCACAUGCCAUUUCGGUAAAAAGUACUGAAGGAUUUACGCAUUUUAGUAUAUAAUUUCAUGUUUGGAUAUUAAACGAACAUUUUAGCCGCCAAAAUACUACGCAAACAAACAAACUUAGGCUUAAAUUGAAGCUAGAAAAUUUCGCUACAAUAUUUCCUUAUUCCUGAAAAGAGGAAACGCAUACAUUCUGCGAAAACAUUGCCAAGAUUUAUAUAAACCUGCCCGUGCCGAACAAAUUUCGGCGGCCAUCUUUCUUCUCUUCCACUUUGAAUACAGAAUAUUCCAUUUUCAUCAAACAGAAUUAAAAAUAAGAAUUAUAAAACAAUUAAAAACAGUUAAUUAAUUUUUUAUUUAAAUGUUGAAAAUGGAAAAGGAAAGGGGGAAAAGAAAUUAAAGGAGUAACAUUUACCGAUAUAUAAAGUGUAUUUUUCAAAAAAAGUUUGCAAAACAGGACUGGCACUACCUACAAAGCACGGCCCCCCCCCCCCCUCCUGAGUUAGCCUUCCAGUUUAUUUAUAGUUCAAUGGGUGGGUUCUAGAUUGAACGCACUUCCUCGUAGCCAAUAGGAAAGCCGCUAAUACGCUAGGUAUGAGAUCAUAUUUUAAAGAGCCGGUUAAAAAAUUCUUGUUCGAAAAUCCCAUAAACAAAAACCAACUGCAUAUCACAGUUCGAGCAAUAUUAUUUUCCAAGCACCACGGCCUAAUUAUAGUUUACUCGUUUUUAGCAAUGGUGGAAAUUCCUUAGCUGGUAUUUAUAAUGUAAAAGCACGUAAUAGCGACGGCUAUGCGAAUACCUUUUGUGAUAACGGAGCAAACAUCAUUGGAUGUGAAGGAAAUGGAUGGACUUUGGUUGGUCGUAUUUCUGGAGAUCCAUUCAAUGUAAGUUUAUUGCGAGUUUCUAAAAUGUGCACGAAAUUUUUUCCCGACCAAAUUCUAUUGGUAUACAGUGUAUGUUACAUACUGUACCUGCAAAUAUAGUUACAUGCGUAAACGAUGGUCCAUCUCAUACGCAUGCGUAAAAGAUAUGUUACUCAGUUUUAAGCAUUUCAAUGUUUAUCGGCACAUUGAUGUCGUGUUUUACAAAAUCUGCCUCCCUUUAAUAAAUUAGUUCUAGCAAUAUUUUCCGUUAUUCAAACCCCAGUUUUCCAACUUAAUGUGGAGUUUUGGUCAAAAAAAUUUGAAAGUUGUUCUGACGUUGUUGGCAACACUUAUCAAGAGGUAAUAAUGCACAUCAUUCUGGCAUAAAACCGCAAAGUGAACUCAACCGUCUUUGAUUCUGAAUGAAUAUCUCUCAACUAUCUAACUGGAAGGCAACAUUUUGUCGAAAUUGGUCAAUACCAAAGGGGAAAAUAUAUUUGUGUGCAAUACGUGAGGAUAUAAUACGAGUCUGAAAGAGAAGAUUAUAUUAACUGCAUGAAUGAACUAUUUUUACUAUUUGAGAUUUUUGGCAUCAUAAAUGGGUCGCUCACAUGCCAGACAUUAUGAAUACUAUCUGGUCUCUACUCGAUUGACCUUAGUGCAUGGAUGUAUGCUCGUAUUUGAAAGGAAUUAAAAUUAACAAGUUUUGACAAAUGUGUAGUCCAUUUUGUCUCCAAGGGUAUAUCCACCCGGCGCGGAGCAAAAGUCUGUUUGUGGGACAGUCAGUCUUUCUGUCUAGAUAUCCCAUGCACAUCACAUUAUCUUUUAUUAAGUUACUCAGUCUGUACUAUUUUUAUUAUUAGGGAGCUUAAGAUGCAUCAAAUCUACGACGCGGACGUGACAUAAAAACCGUUUCUAAUGUUUGGAGUCCAGUUUUAUUUUGCUUCACUUGUGUCUCUGACUUUGUUUAUCAACUGGAGGCCAUAAUCUUUAUCCGUGUAGUGAAACUUUGAGAAUAGUUACAGUUUUUCUUCGCGUCCGCGUCGUAGAUUUGGUGCAAUUUAAGCUCGCUAUUUAGUAUUACGCUGCACCAUUUUACUUUUAUUAUUUAGUUAUAGGUGUCACUAUUAUGACAAACUCAAAACGUCAUUUCCUGUUGGCUAUGUUAUAUAUACAUAAAAUUUUACCUUUCAAUAUUUUAUAUUGAUGAGUUUUUCAUUAAAUUUCCUGUCUUCGAAUUGUAUAUGGAAGACACUACAUAUGAUACUAUGAUGAUAAAAUCAGAAUUUCGGAAUCAUCGUCCUGCAUUUCACUUUGAUAUUUUACUUUUAGAAUAGCACAAGUUAUAACGCUGAGCUGUGGACGACGCGGAAUACGACUGAUCAGUUGGAUUCCACUAGUUUUGAUGCCAAUGUCACAGCAGUUUGUUUGACGUCUGAUAAUUUUGGAAUUUCCUUUCCCGUCCAAGCUCCAAACCUUCAUAGUUUAUUCUUCGGGAAGAAAGUCCUUGAGUUGAAUCCUCAGGAUUGGGUUAAUGGUAUAACGGCUGGUGGUGUCGCGAUAAAUCAUUUUCAGUCAGGUUGCUACGAAGUAGGCUUCAAUGUUGGAGACAAUAAUGAGAUACAAGCACGUAUGGGAGUUGUCAGCAGAAACAAUUCAGGUUAGCAGCGAUUAUCUGAGGAUCUUUACUUGGGGGGGGGUCUAGACCCCAAUUCGAAGCCCAAAUGUUUUCUAAAUACCAUUUCCUGGCCCUUUUUUCAGUUCAACUUCCAGUCACACAGUGAAAUUAAACGAAGAACGCCGAGCGGGUCAUCUAUGUUUUUUACACAAUUUUGCGUUCACGGCCACGGCGCCACUGCACAUGUGGUUUUUCGCCGAGCCCGCGUUAAAAAUUCACUGGUAAAAAACAGAUUGGUUUAAACUUCAUCUAACCCUCAUUUAAUACAUAUUGAAAUAAUUAGGGUUAGAAAACGUAUGUGUUUCAGCUGUGUGCCGCAAAUAAGCGAACAAGAUUUUAGAUUUCACACUGAUGCGCAGUAAAGCAUGUAUUCUACAGAAUUUUUGAAUUAUUGACAGCAUGAGCUAUAUAAUCAAGGGUUCCCUUUUUUAUACAAAACAUUUUAUCAGGGGGGGGGGCAAAAUUUUGCCGGGGACGGGGGUUGGCGGGGGCCCUGGCCCCCGCCCUGGCUACGCCUCUGACUAGCUCCUUUGGCAGGAAUUGAACUUGCGACCCUGCGAUUCCUGCGUUCAAUUGCCCUCCAUAGAAUUAUAGUUUUGCCCAGAAAAAGGUAUAUGACUGACUUGCAGUGGCACGAACAUGAUCUCAUUGAGCAUGCAUAAGGCCUGUUUUAUACGUCGAAGUUUGUCCCUCGAAUGCAAUUAAGACAAUAGAUAAUGAGAUGAUACACCUUAUUAAUUAAGUUUCAUUAUCUAUUGUUUGAAUUGUAUUCGACGCGACUGACAUUCGAGGUAUCAAACAAGCCUAAGUCGGUUAAAUAUAUUAGGUUUUCCUGAACGUUCUACACAAAUUCUCUAUUAAAAACUGUUGUAGAUCUGCAGCUGUUCUUAUUAAAGUUUUUCACUUUAAAAUGUCCAACUACAACUGUCUUUAUAAUGCUAUGUUGGUUUUGCCAUUCCCAGUCCCAAUAACCCAAACCCCAUGUUUCCAGUCACAAAAUAGGAAAAUCUCCGUUUCCAUAUUACCCCAUCAGGACACUGUUAUCUAUACCCCCUUACCGCUUUGCUAAAAUUUGACAGUAAGCCGAAUAGUUUUCUGCAUAGACAAACAGUUUUCAACUUUUUGUAGAUGUUGGCAAAAUAUACAAUGUCUCACAAUAUAUCUUUUUCACCAACGAUUGCUUCACUCUCGCGCAGAGAGUGUAUAUUUAAAAUAAACUUGAUUUUUUGUGGUGAUAUAGGCUAGUUUCUUUGCAAACAGUAAUUCAGUACUCUGUAGUGUACUUGUUGUAUAUGAAGAAAAGUCUAAAAUGAUUUCAACAUCCAUCAACAAAAAGGAAUCGCGCUUAUUACUACUCGUUAGAAGAUAGACAAUUAAUUUAAUUCACUAGGAACCCGUUCUACAAUAUAAACUAGAAAUCGUCCAACAAAUUGUCACGAAAUACUACAAUUAAAAUAGGGCCUUUGAACUACCGAUUUCACCGAACGGUCAAAGUUUCUCAGCAAAGAUCGCCCCUUUGCCCAAUUUUCAUCGAGUAGAUCAUCGUGUUAUCAAGUCAAGGAUUAUGUAUACUUUAACAUAAACGAAUAAAAAACUGGGGCCGAUUGUAUAAAAAAGUGAUUAAAGUUAACUAUAGUUAGUGGAAACGUCAUCCAAUAAAAAGCGCGUAUUUGAGAGUUAAUCACUAUUUAACUACAAAAUAGUGAUUAAAAAAGUGAUUAAGAGUUUUAUACAACGGCCCCUGGUUAUUUCAGCAGCGAACGAAAAAGAGUUAACUACUUUUUAACUGCAGUUAGCGCUAACUACGUUUUUAUACAACCGGCCCCUGGUGAUAAAGGGUAGAUUUUGAAUAAAAUACGAAUAUCUGUAUACAAGAUCUGAGCGGUAUUAUGAAGCACUCGAUACUUUCUCCAACAACAUAUUGCUCUUAAUUUUAUACAAAAUUUAAAAUAUUCACACAUUAAAGAUAUGAUAAUGUAGCUUGCAUGGCAAAAAAAUGUUGGCUUACCUAAGUUAUACCUUACACGUCGAUUAAUGUCAAGUAAAGCCCUUUCAAAGACGCCCGCCACAUUAAACUACAGGUCACAUGGCGGUAGAAAACUCGACGAAGUAUUCAGGAUAUUUCCAUAGCCGGUUUAACGCCGCUGUGUACUAUUCCUUUGAAUUUUGAUGCCCAACACACCGAGUAACAAAAUCUACCACUUUGUUCGGCUGUUCCAAGUACACUUUUAAGAUACAAGGUCCGAACAUAUCAUGUUUUUCGAAGCAUCUGCUCAAAACAGUCCGACAUAAAUAUCGCCAUUCAUCUUCUUUCUAUGAAAAUAUCAAUUUUCCUUUCAAUUGCUUUGCUUUAAAAACAGUCAUUAGGUUGUUGAAGAGUUAGUCCAUAGCUUCCAACAAAAAAACCCUGAUGCUUUCAAAAACCAUUGAAUCACAAUGCUGUAAACUUCAACAUCCUUAGAAAUUGUACGCCAAACAUCGAAAAGCAAAAUUUGUGGGGAAAAGCCCACGAACCCGCACUAUUUUUAUUCAGCGUCGACGAAAGUCCCCUCUGUUCUUGGCUAGUGCAUUCCUUUCCCCGGGUGUAAAUGGCCGGGCGGAAUUAGUACCGUCGCCCUGGGCUUGUUUCUUGUUGUCGCUAACACUGACAAUAUAUUAAUUUGUUUCUUUGAUAACACAAUUUAGUGGCUGCAGAACUAUCGUGAUCCUGUGGAACUAUCUCACUCUGCAGUUUAUUUAAACGUUCUUUUAUAAUUCUUUUAUAGGCUGCGAUUUAUCUGAAGUUCAAGGUAUUGGCGUCGGUAUACGUGUUGCAGGGAAAGAAGAAUAUAACAGCGCACAUGGUAUCAUUGUCGGUGGGAACUUGACGCUCGCCUAUGAUCACUUCAGAAUCCUUGUGCGCUCACGACCUUGGAUAGAUGAGAAUACACCAUCUCCAUAA